GAUCAAGAUGAACAAGUCAUAUCCGAUGUUGACGGUGAACAAGGAACACAUCAUCUCCCUGGAUCGUCCGCAAGACGCGCAUCUGCAAAUAACUACAACAACAAUCAGAACCUACAGCGUUCCGCGGAUCCAGAUGGGUCAUCUCCUUCGGCUCUUACCGAACCCGCCGAGCAUGGAGAUGCUACGCCCACUACUCCCUUGAUGGAGUCUGACAUCGAAACUGCGGUGGGGCCUGAGGCGGAAUUAGGUCUUGCAAACGAAGCUACUACUCGAAAGUUAGGAUUCUUUUGUUUAAUACAAUUUGUCAAAAGCAGAUACUGAAGAUCAUUCUGUAGCUCUAAUUCUGUGUUAAGUACUUAGUAUAUUUAUAUAAUGGAAAUGGGUGGUCCUCAAGUGAAGCACGGUAUUGAAUAGUCCCGUCGACAGUUUCGGAGUACUGAUCUGGGCAACAUUCCACUCCAUUCCUCCAGGAAGCUGCUGAAGUUAAGUAUUUUGAAGCUCUUUGUCUUUGAUAUAAUAGAACGAGAAGUCAAACUACAAGUUGCGCAGAACAUCUCUAAGAAAGAAGCAGAGGGUGGCUCGCUGGGCUGAUGCAGAGUCUGAUGAUGAGGAUGCUGAGUUGCAUUUGUUGAGCAAUUUUGGUCUGGGAACUACAUCAACGUCAACCACGAAAGAAGAUGCUAUUGCUAACACUUCGUCGGCUCUUUCCUCAUCCUCCUCGUCAACUUCGCUUGCUGGAGCUGGAGGUUCUACUGGAGGGCGUGGAGCUGCGUUGGAGCUGGAGCAAACGACUCUUCUCGGAGAACGAGCGCGCCCUGAGCCUUUAGCUCUUGCUUCUCCAUCGUCUUCCACAGGGCGUGCUCCCGGAAGUCCGACGUCGAUGACUUCGGUUGCUCUCAGUCCGACUUCGCCAGUUGAAGAGUUUUUCAUUGGUUCGCCGCGGACGGCCGGCGGCGCACCUCCACCUGCG